AUGAUGAUGAUGAUGAUAGCGAUCAUGACUACUUGUGUUCUUGUUUGUCGCGUAGCUUAUGGUGCAGUUUGGCCCGACCGUAACUGCGGUAGAAGAGAGUUGGACAGCACGCGCAGGAUUGUUGGCGGGAGGCCGGCAAAAGAGCGGGAAUUUCCCUGGAUAGUAUCAAUUCAGUCGAUACGAAAAAAUCAUUUUUGUGGUGGAUCUAUUAUUUCGACAAACGUGAUCCUGACAGCUGCGCACUGCCUCGAAAAUGUGAGACCCAGAUGGAUCAGAGUUCAGGCUGGAUUUAUACAUCUUAAGAAUCCGGGACCCCACAAACAAGUUCGAUUUGCGACCGAGUUCAUUUUGCACGAGGAUUAUGUCCCCCAUGGCAUCCAUUUCAACAAUGAUGUUGCCCUCAUCAGGCUGUCUCGCCCAUUUAACUUGAAGGAGAGCCGCGGAUAUAUUGGAACGAUUUGCCUUCCUGAGUCGAGUUCCAUAGCGACGAAUAUUGUGAUCGCCGGAUGGGGACACCUCUCAUACCAUGGCCAGAGUGCUGAAUCAUUAAUGACUGCAGAAGUUUUCAUCCAGAGUUCUGAACUCUGCGCUGAAUACGACGAAACCUAUAGACAUUCAAUUAUGUUCUGUGCCCACCGUCCGGGAACCGAUGCGUGUUUGGGUGAUUCCGGUGGCCCCGUAUCUCAGAACAAAGAAAAUUUAACUUUCCAGGUUGGAAUUGUUUCGUUCGGCAAAGGGUGUGCUGAAAGACCUGGAUACUAUGUCAGGUUGUCUUCCUUCACAAGCUGGAUUGAAGAUCACAUGAUUAUGCUGGGAUUUACAGUUAAAUCAACGUAA